GACUUAAAGCCCUUUGAACGAUCAGAUAAACAACUUGUGCAACAGCAGGUGUCCGUGACGGUCUGGUUCUACUAGCUACAGGAUUGGCUGAGCACCUGUGGAGCAGCUGGAAAUGAAAGGUAUGGAGACGUCGAAGUCCUCAGGCUCAAAAGGAACAGGGAGACCGACAGAUGCUCACGCACCAGCUGAACCUCUCCUCAUGUAUAAAGCUAAAGAGGACAAAGAACAGACUGAGGAAGUGAAUGUGAAUUGUGAAGACCUUAAGGCUCCAGUGGGGCUUUUAAUGAAGUUCCUCAGAGCUCUGAAGGACAAAUACUUCCAGCUGGCUGUUAAACUCUGUCACAUGAUUCUCAUCUACGAGCCAGACAAUCCUGAGGCCUCAGAGUUCCUCCCAUUGAUCCAGAAGAAGCUGCUGGAAGAGCAACACGCAGAGAAAAGCAACGAGGAAGAAAGUGAUGAGGAUGAUGAUGACACUGAUUCUGGAAGUGAUGAGGACUCCUCUCAUAGCUCAUCUUGCUCCUCUUCUUCAGCAUCAGAUGAUGAUGAUCAUGAUCAUAAUUAUGAAAAGGAAAACCGUGUUUACAGACACAAGCCAUGCCCUCCCGCUCAUAGUUACCCUUAA